UACAUGACCUCGCAGCACGACGCAUUCAAGUAGAUUUCAUUAUCGAUCGUUUGUUCUACUGCACCGCUGUUGAAUAUAACAAAGUAAGAAAAGAAAAACAACCCUCUAGCUGCAGUCAAAUUUUUUCCAAAAAAAUGGCGGAGAAGAUUUCAAAGCGAUCGGCCGACAGCGCCGCUGGCGCCGAGGGCGUCACGAAGAAAAAGAAGAAGCAGAAGACGGAAGCGAAGGAGGCAGUCGCGGUUGAGGAGCCAAAGGUUGCUGAAAGUGAACAAACCGCACCUGCCUCUACUACCGAGAAGAAGAAAAAGAAAAAGAAGAAUAAAGACAGCAGCCCAGCUGGUACCGAGGAAACUAGCACCACCGCAACAGCCGCUGGCUCCCCAACUACGGAGGAGGAAGUAGUCGCUGCUGUUGAAGAGCCGGUCGUUGCAGAGAAAAAAAAGAAGAAAAAGAAGAGCAAAGACACGACAGGAGAUGUUGAUGUUGUUGAAACGGCGGAAAAUAAGAAAACUGCAACAGCAGAAGUUGUAGUUCCAGCAGCAGCUUCAAAAAGUAGCCAAGCAGACCACUCUUCCCACCCCUUUUACGCGGAGCACAACAUUACCGUGACUGGUUGCCCCGCCCCGAAGCCCGCCGUGAAAUUUUGCGAGUCCGGUCUUCCGAAAGAGGUUGCGAAUCUCUGCGAGCAGAAAUUCGGGAAGGACGGCAAGCCCAGCCCGAUUCAGGCGGUGGCGUGGCCGCUGAUCAUGGAGAAGAAGGACGUUUUCGGAAUCGCGAAGACCGGUUCGGGAAAGUCCCUCGCGUUUGUGUUGCCGUAUCUUGCGAAGCGGCUGCAGGAACACAAACUAGCGGUCCAGAACGGGGAAGAGAAGAAGAAGCAGAAGAAGCACCACUACCCCUCCAUGGUCUGUCUCGCGCCGACCAAGGAAUUGGUCCAGCAAAUCGCCGAAGUGGCGGAGGAAUUCACGAAGCAACUGGAUUUACAGCUCACCGUCCACUGCAUUAUCGGUGGCGUGCCGAAAUACGAACAGGUGAAUAAAAUUAAGAAAUCCGCGUGCGAUUUGGUCAUCGCCACCCCCGGGAGACUCCUCGAUUUGGUCGAGAACGACCAGGUUUUGAACCUAUCCAAAUGCGAAUACUUGGUGUUGGACGAGGCCGACCGCAUGUUGGACGUAUCCUGAGGAAAAACGUCCCCACACCAGAGUUGUCAUACAAAUGUGCAAUGACAGGAACAUUUGUAAUGCGCAGCUCCAUGAGAGGAAUUUCCAAUCUUGUUUUGCAAUUUGUAAUGCUUUAAACAGGAUGUGAAAAUGGCUUUCUCAUGCGGCUUCUCUUGCCAAUCAGCACUACACGGCAGAGGGAAAUUUGUGAUGCACAGCUCCCAAAACCUGGAGACUUGUGUUGCUAGAUUCCCAACGCCAUCUUGACUAUGGGGUGGGGACGUUUUUGCUUAGGAUAGGACGACGGGUUUAUCCUAUCCAUCCGAAAAAUCGCGGACUACUGCACAAACGAAGACAAACAAAAGCACCGGCAAACGGUGCUCUUCUCCGCCACCUGGCCGAUGGAGGUGAACAAGCUCGCGCGGGGCUUACUCCCCAGCAGCGAGAAGCGCGACGAAGCGGUCACGAUCACGAUUUUGCGGAAGGGGCAAACGAUCGACGACCCGGAUAACAUCAACACGGAGGAUAAAUUAUGCAUUGCAAAAGUAUCGUACUAGUAUGAAUCGCAUCACAAAUUUUGCCAAGAACAAAUCUGCAAUUUGUCAUGCUCGGCAAGGUAGCAAGUUAGAUUUGUAAUGCAUGACAGCAAUUACUACGAGUGCGAUACUUUUGCACAGGAUACAAAUUGCAGCUAAACGACGCGAUCAAGCAAAAGUUCCACAUACUACCGGACGGACGGCAGAAAUACGGGUUGUUGACGAAGACACUGAAGGAGAACAAGGACAAAAAAAUUUUGAUCUUUGGCUUGUACAAGAAGGAAGUCGCGAAUUUGGAAAACUGGUUGAGGCAAGAGGGCCACAAAAUCGUCGCAUUGCAGGGCGACAUGCUGCAGGACAAGCGGACGAAAGCGAUUGAGGAUUUCAAAAAGAGUACUAGAAUUGGGUUUUCUUGGUGGUUUUUGUCAUGUACUGCGGAUGUAGGUGGACCUACUUUGUUAAGAUCCAAAGUUUUCGUGAUGUACACAACAGCAUGAGAAAUUCUAUUCAUUUUUAUCUAUAAACACAAAAACCGUUAUCUAUGACAAGACUGUCACAUAAAUUGUGCUCGAGUGUACGUCCACUCACAACAGGAUGAGAUAACGACAGAGACUAAUGUCAAGGACAAACACACAGAUGAUGAUGAUGAUGAUGAUGAUGAUGACACAAAAACCGAAUUAUGAAACCAAACAGACGUCUGCCGCCUUCUCGUCGCCACGGACGUCGCGGCGCGCGGCUUGGACAUUAAGGACAUUGACAUGGUAAUCAACUACACUUUCCCCCUCACCUGCGAAGACUUCGUGCACCGCUGCGGGCGAACCGGACGGGCGGGCAGGACCGGACAGGCAAUUACGUUUUUCAACACAACGGGGGAGCACAAAGAACGGGAGCACUGUAUUGCUAUUGAUUUUGGCGUUUUUUUUGGCUGAAAAAUUUACGAAAUCCAAAUCGGCUUGCCACAAGCGUGUUCUGAUGCGGCGCAAACAUCAAUAAUGAUGAAAUGCAAUAGGAGGUUAGUAAGUAUUCUCAUUUUGAAUAAUUGCAAAACACAGGCUUCGACAUCAUCCGCCUGUUGGAAGGCGCGAAGCAGCCGGUGCCGGAUGAAUUGAAGAAACUGAACGCCAACACUUUCACAGCGACGAAGAAAAAAUCGCACGGUAUGUACGGAGAUUUUUUCAAAUCAGCCGAGGAAAUGGAAAAGUUGAGCAAGAAAAAGGUCCAGAUGAGCUUUGACUCCGACUCGGACUAGAAUAAAAGCGCAGUUGGAGGUUCUUCUUAAUCCGAAGACGAUAAAGCUUCACUACAAGUGGUUCGACAUUAUUUUGUAAUGGAACGAUGUAUGAAGUAACUGGCACAUGAGCAAGUGAUUCCACCGUGAAUUAUCGCAGCACAUCAAGAUGAACCAAGAAGCGAAAGUCACAGGAACGCUAGCGCACGCAGUUUUUCGAUCAUAGCAGUACGUGCAUAGAAAAU